AUGGAUGGAUGGAUGGAUGGCCGUGAGCGAGAGAAAGACUCUGAGGCUCUCAGAGACCUGGGUCUGGGGGACACCAAGCUCAGAGACCUGGGUCUGGGGGACACCAAGCUCAGAGACCUGGGUCUGGGGGACACCAAGCUCAGAGACCUGGGUCUGGGGGACACCAAGCUCAGAGACCUGGGUCUGGGGGACACCAAGCUCAGAGACCUGGGUCUGGGGGACACCAAGCUCAGAGACCUGGGUCUGGGGGACACCAAGCUCAGAGACCUGGGUCUGGGGGACACCAAGCUCAGAGCCCUGGUGUGUUUCUCUGUGUGUUUUCAUGUCAUUCUGUUUCUCUGUGUGUUUUCAUGUCAUUGUGUUUCUCUGUGUGUUCUCAGGAGAGAAGGAGACGGUGUGCGUGUGUUCUGGGACCGGCUAAGGGAACCCUCAUUCUCGUCUCGGUGGAACCCGUUCGCUACAGACUACCCGUUCAGCACCUUUACCUAUCACCCUGUCAGAAACAUAGACCACAGCUUCACUGCUCUCUGUGAUAUCCAAAGUUUCCGUGAGCAGCUAACGGAAGCAGCCCAGAAGGCCCACCUACAGACGCCCGUCCCUGGCAAGGCCAACGGGGUCCUGGUGCUGAACCAGCGCCUGCUCAUCGAGGCCUACGUGGGUCUAAUGUCCUAUAUCGGCAACCAGAACAAACUGGGAUACAGUCUGGCACGGGGAAACGUUGGGUUUUAAACUAGGAUUUGUCUUUGUUGCUUUUCAAUGUACAUUACUACUUCAUUACUUAACCCUAUUUUACAGUUUGUUUUCUUGGCUUGUUCAACUACAGUCAGUCUGAAAUUGAAAAGUAUGUAGUUCUCUAUCGUUUUUAUUACCUAAAGGCUAAAGUCUACUGUAAUUUCAUACACAAAUUACCGUGCCAAAUUCUUCCUGACAUCACAGUCAAUAAAGUUUUUGCAUUACCA